AUGCAGUUCCUCACCGCCGCAACCCUCUUCGCCGCCGCUGCUUUCGCAGCACCAGCACCGCAAACCACAGACUGCCCCAACCCAGCACACUGCGGCGGCUCUGCCCCCGACCCAUCUACCUACGAGAACAUCGACAUCAGCGACUUCUACCUGCGCAAGAACCCAGGCAUCCAGAAUGCCGGCUUUACGCUCUCCGGCAACAACGGAACCGUCAAGUGCGAGAUUGGCGCAGUCGAGAGCCUUCCCUCCGAGGUCCAGAUUUGCGGUGACAGCAAGUACCGCUUCGGACUGAUCGAGGCGACAAGCGAAGGCGCAGAGGUUGGCCUCAGGGUGUACCACGAGACGAGCCAAUUUGCUGGAAAGACCGGCGAGGGUGAUGUACCGACAUACUGCCACGCUGGUGGUAACGGAGCGGACGACUUCGUCUGCCAGCAGGUCAACGCGCUUACGAUCGUCAUCAACUAA